AUGAACGGGUCUGAUGUUAUUUCGGUCGAUCCACCCGCAAAAAAAGCCCGUGGUAGACCAUCAAAAUUGGCUGCAAAUGCAAAAUGGAAUGAUGUAAGUUUUCUUGUCAUUAAAAAUAAUAAAUUCAUGUUUUGAUUUCAGUAUGAAACCGAAGACCUCAAACUCUUGGCAUGCUACGUUGAAGAAAAUGAAGUGAUUUGGGAUAGCCAAAACCACAACUAUCAUCGACGUGAGGUGACAAAUCCGGUGUGGUACAACAUCGAAAAAAACGUGAAAUUUAUAAGGAGCGAUGGGCAUCAAUAUGGUGAGAAUUUUUAUAAAACAUAUGACAAUUUUUGUAAUUAUAGGUGGUUCGACCAAAAGAUUGUUCGAUCAACUUAUCAAUAGAUUCAAAUUUUACCAUUCAAAAAUGCACCAUCCAGCUUCUGGCCAUUUACCAUGGGAAUUGUGCGAAGUUCUAGAUGAAUUUCCAAUUUACGAGGAUUUAUUGUUUCUUGAGAGAAAUCUGAGAAAUCGAGAAGUUACGAUGUUAGUUUGAAAAUUGGAAAAAAAACUGUUUUAUCAAAAACUUUCAGCACAUGGCAAUCGGAAGUCCCGGAAGGUUGUAAAGGAGAUAAUAAUGGAUCCCGCGACCCACCUUCUCCGCCUACAAAAAAAUCGAGAUUUUCCACAACGCCUGAGUCGCAGCCAAAAAAGAGAGGUCAGUUUUGAUAGAAAAAUCUACUUACCAUAAGUUCAAUAUUCCAGAAACAACCCGAGACAAGUGCUUGAUUAUGAUGGAAAAGAACAACGCUGCACAACUCGGGAUGUUGGAAAAACUUUUGUGCUCAUCUCAAAAAUCCGAAGAUCGUGUUCAAACCCCAAAACAAGAUGAACUCACGGAGACUUUCAACAAUUUGCGAAUUAUUUUCGAUGAAUUGGAUCAAUUCGCCAAAAUUUCAUUCAAGGCGAAAAUCGUUGCCGAGGCGAUUAAUAUUCGAGAUGAGGCAGAGAGAAAGAAGAAUCUUGGUCAAAGACAACCUUGGCCGAUGCAAGAGGAUCCGUUUCUUAUAAAUAUCCAUUGA